AGAGGUCUGUGGUAAAAUGCCUCCCCUGCUUGUUAUGCUUUAAGAGCCCCACAUUAAUUAACCAAACUAGUUUAUCUCAAUGAAUUAAGAUACAAACAAGCAAUUAAGCCAAUGCAUUUAAUUCAGUCCAGUUUCAAUUAGUGCUUCAUUUGGUGAGUGACAAUCACCUGGCAGCAGCUGUCUCAGAGAGCAUUCACAGGUGAAUUGAAUGCAUCUAGAAAAAGAAAGGCAGGGGUGGUGCUUAACAUGCACCUUGCUGUCAUAUCUGGUACGGCUAGUAUGAGGUGUGUAAUACCUAGACAAUCACAGUGCCAUUUGCAGAUGCUUGGAGGACCACUCUUUAGGGCUGGGUAUAGGGAGGUGUGCCAGUUGAGACAAAAGGUAGGUAGAUGUUAGUGACACACCCCCUGGUCUUAAAAGGGCUAUAAAAAAGGCAAGAUUGAGAGACGAGAAUCACACAAAAGAUUUUUCUCCUGCCUUGUUGAGAGGAUUUUUUUUUUUGCUCGUCAACAUGGUGAAAAUCUGGGGUGGACAGAAGAACAGCAACGUGCGGCUCAGCCUGCCCAUGGUGUGCUUCAUCUGGGAGAUCGCGAUGAUCAUCCUCUUUGGAGUGUUCAUCCGCUACAACGAGGAGUCUGAUGCCCACUGGACAGAGAGGAGAAAGGAGAAAAACAUAUCCAGCGACAUUGAAAACGACUUUUAUUAUAGAUAUCCAAGUUUUCAGGAUGUCCACGUGAUGAUAUUUGUGGGUUUCGGGUUCCUCAUGACCUUUCUGAAACGCUACAGCUUCGGUUCCGUGGGUUUCAACUUCCUGGUAGCUGCAUUCGGGAUCCAGUGGGCUCUAUUGAUGCAGGGAUGGUUCCAUUCCCUGGACUGGACUGACGGCAAGAUCAAGAUUGGAAUCGAAAACAUGAUCAAUGCUGAUUUCUGUGUGGCUUCCUGUCUUAUUGCCUAUGGUGGAGUCCUGGGAAAAGUCAGUCCAGUGCAGCUGAUGGUUAUGACUCUGUUUGGAGUGACUCUAUUUGCCAUUGAAGAGUACAUCAUCCUUACUGUGCUUCAUGUGCGGGAUGCUGGGGGCUCCAUGGUUAUCCACACGUUUGGAGCCUACUAUGGUCUGUCUAUCGCCCGUGUUCUUUACAGACCCAAUCUGGAUAAAAGCAAGCAUGGCUCGGUCUAUCACUCUGAUGUAUUUGCUAUGAUUGGCACACUGUUUCUCUGGAUGUUCUGGCCUAGUUUCAACUCUGCUAUCGCGGACCACGGAGACGGGCAGCACCGCGCCGCCUUAAACACUUACCUGACCUUGGCUUCUUGUGUCCUCACCACCGUAGCGGUCUCCAGCCUCGUACACGGAAAGGGCAAGCUCGACAUGGUGCACAUUCAGAAUGCCACUCUCGCGGGGGGCGUUGCCGCGGGAACUGCGUCUGAGAUGAUGCUUUCAACAUACGGGUCCCUCAUCGUCGGGUUUCUCUGUGGAAUCAUCUCCACGUGUGGAUUCACUUACCUCACACCUUUACUGGAGUCCAAGCUGAAGAUCCACGACUCGUGCGGCAUACACAACCUGCACGGCAUGCCGGGAAUCAUCGGGGGCAUCGUGGGAGCGGUCACAGCGGCCUCUGCUACUGAGCAGGUGUACGGCCACGAGGGGUUGAUAAAAGCGUUUGAUUUCGAGGGAGACUUUGCUGACUGGGUUCCCUCUGUGCAGGGAGGGUACCAGGCUGCUGGGUUAUGCGUGGCGUUAGCUUUCGGCCUUGUUGGAGGGACACUAGUUGGUUUUAUCCUGAAGCUGAACAUUUGGGGAGAUGCUCCAGAUGAGAACUGUUUUGAGGAUGAUGUUUACUGGGAGGUCCCCGAGGAGGACGAGGAGAGUCCGUCCCCACACCACGCCGCUCUUGAAUACGCCACCCACAUUCCCAACAAACUCGCGGAGCAGGCUCCCCCAACGCCAGUCCGGCAGGUUUGAUUGGAGUUUUAAUUUUUUGCCUGCUGGAUGAAUGCAUUUUCUCCUAAUUGCUUGAUGUUGGGAUCAAGCCGGGGAGUCUCGUUGUCACAAGAUUCCUCAAACAAUGUGAUCUACAUGGACAUUUAAUAUCAGAGCA